UAAUACAACUUAGUGUUAGCAUCAUGUUAACAUAAUCCAUUAAAGGUAUUAUAGUAACUACUCACUUAUAGGUUUGGCACCUAAACUUAAUAAAUUUUAAGAUUAAUUUUUUUUUUUUUUUUGCAUAUGGGUCUUUAAGAAGUAGAUGAAAAUUACAUUUAGUACCUAAUUUUGUUUUUGUCUUGCAUUUUGCUAACUAAACAUUUUUUAUUUUUUCAAAUAGAUCCAAUUUUUUGAGGUUUCUAGUCUACUUUAAGAAAGUUGUGGUAUGUUUUAUGAGGUUCUUAUCUAAUUCAAGAAACUUGUGGUAUGCUUUAGUAACUUGUGAUCUUUCCCAUACGUGUGGUAUGCCCCCAUGUGGUUUUUUAUCUGCUUUAAGAAACUUGUGGUAUGCUUUAGUUACACGGUGGCUCCCAGCAACGCUAAAACCUCUGGGGGCAUACCACAAGUAAGGGAAAGAUCACAAGUUACUAAAGCAUACCACAAGUUUCUUGAAAUUUAUAGGUUUGGCACCUAAACUUAAAAAAUUUUAAGAUUUAGUUUUUUUUUUUUUUGCAUAUGAGUUUAAAAAAUUGAUGAAAAUUACAUUUAGUACCUAAUUUUUUUUGUCUUACAUUUUGAUAACUAAACGUUUUUUAUUUUUUCAAAUAGAUCCAAGUUUUUGAGGUUUCUAGUCUACUUUAAGAAAGUUGUGGUAUGUUUUAUGAGGUUCUCAUCUAAUUCAAGAAACUUGUGGUAUGCUUUUAGUAACUUGUGAUCUUUCCCUUGUGGUAUGCUCCCACGAGGUUUUUUAUCUGCUUUAAGAAACUUGUCGUAUGCUAGUUACACGGUGGCUCCCGGCAGCGCUAAAAAAUAGAGGAAAUUAGAUCCAAAACCAAAAAAAAAAAAACGAGGAAAGUGCCCCAUCUCACUAAGGUGGCGUCUCGCGAGCACAAACAGCUAACGAAAAGACAACGAAUCAAACAUAGUGGCUGAAAAUACUAGGGUGGCGCUCCGAAAGAGGCUUACCCACUGUGGUGGCGCUCCGAAAAUCCAAACCACUAGUGUUGCACUAAAAUAAGCAAUCAAUCCUAGCGGAGGCUCCCAUAGGAAAGAAAACAAAACAUGGGUAAAGUCGGAAACAAUUGAGGAAGCCUGAUUCCAGAUCUAAUAAACCCCAGGUGGCGCUCCAAAAAUCCAAAACACUGGUGUGGCAUUCAAAUAAGCAAUCAAUCCUAGCGGUGGCGCCCAAAGAAAUAAUAAAACAUGGGUAACGUCGGGAAUGAUUGAGUAAGCAGGAUUCCAUAUCUAAUAAACCCUAAGACGAGUCGCCCUCAAUCAUCAUAAAAUGGAGGAGCGAAAUCGGAAGACACUUGGUGACGCCCAAACACACAAGAUAAGAGGAGAUGCGCGACAAAAAAAGCCUUACAUGUUGAGUUUUGUCGAGGGCGACGCCCGCGAGGAGAACUACCGAAGGAGGCGCCAACGGAAUAGAGGAGGCGGCAGAGAGGUGAGAUACCGAUUGAAGGGGAAAUAUGAAGGAUGGCGUGCGAGAUGGAAAGACUUACUUUUCUUGUCUAGGGUGGCGCCCACGGGGGGAACCGUUGAAGGAGGCGCCUGCGGAAAGAGGAGGUGUCGGAGAAAGGGAGAAUUGUGGGCUCGAAAAUUUGGUGGAAGGGGAGAAAUGAAGGGGAAGGGGAUGGUCAUGUUUAAAUGAUAAGAAGGGGGGGGGGUGAGAGAGAGAGAGAGAGAGAGAAACACACGCCCUUCGAGGUGGGCAGCCCAGAAGCCCAAUCCAACACAAUUUCCUUUCCUAAAUCGUGUUUCUUUCCUGGGUGGGUCGAGCCUCAAAGUCACCAUGGCCGACUCGUCCUAGGUAUUCUUUCUCUUAUAUUUAUUUUAUUUUAGUUCGUAUUUCAUGCUUUUAAACUCGUUUAUUUUCGAACUUAAGUGUUGUCUAUCCUUUAUGAAUUUCUACCAAGAGGCACCCUAGUCAUGAAGAAAAAAGAGUACUUGUUUGACGAUACCACAAUGCUUGCGCCAUCACCAAAAGGGAAAUUGAUAGGGCAUCCUAAUUGCUAAGGUAUAAGGGGCAAAACCCUAGCUAUGCCCUAAUUGAUGACAUAAUGAAAGAAGAAGAUAAAAGAAUUGAAGGAGACAAGAUCAAGGGACAAAGCCAAGCACCUGACAUCAGCAAGGACAGAGUACAAGUGGACAUCUUCUGGUAGAAAGUACAAUGUACAAUGUACAGUGUCAGAAUGUCUGAGGCUCCUGACCACAGCAUUUAUGGCUAGGUAGGCGCCUGCACCACGACCUAACUUUUGGACUUGUAUAAAUAGGAGUUUUCUCCUCAGAAAUGACAAGCUAUCUACAUUUUACUCCAACUUUUCUCUACAUUUCUCUUCUCUCUUCCUAGAGACGGGGCGCCUGCAUUCUCUAGGUCAUGCCUGACUCCACAAACCCUUUGGACCCAAGUGACCCCCGUCGCUUGGGCUCAAACAGAAACUUAUGACCUGCUUUAAAAAACUUGUGGUAUGUUUUGUGAGAUUUCUUGUAUGCUUUAGAGAACUUGUGGCAUGCUUUAAGAAAUUUGUGGUAUGCUUUAAUAUAGGGCCAGGCUUGAGCUUGUGCAUACAGGGCCUCAAAAUAAUUAGGGUAUCAGCCUAUCAGCUUAUAUAAAUUGUUAGGUGAGAUAUUAUUCAUUAAUUAAUUUAUUGUAUAAAUUUUAUUUUAUUAGAUUAGAACAAUUAGAGCCACAUUUAAUGUAAGGAACAUGGCCUCCAUAAUUUCAGUUUUAAUAAAUUUAUGGUAUGCUUUAUAAGAUUUCUGUUCUACUUCUGGAAACUUAAGUUUGCUUUUAAGAAAUUUGUGGUUUAGUUCAGAGAACUUUUGGUAUGAUUCAAGAAACUUGUGAUAUGUUUUAUGAAAUUUCUGAUAUACUAAUGUGUGGUGUGGUUUGAAAUUUUUUUGUAUGCUUGGUUUGAAAUUUUUUUGUAUGCUUUUACGAAUUUUGUGGUGCGGUGAGGUUCUGGUAUGUUUUAUAAUUUUCUUGCCAUGCUUUAUGGUAUUUGUGGUGUGCUUUGUUGCAUUGUUGGACUGUGUUUGUGGUCUGCUUCAUGAUACUUGUGAUGAGGGGCGAGACCCGAAUUAAUGUAAAGUGUCACA